AUGGCGACCAUGGUUCCCGGUCGGAAGCCGCGACAAAAGGAGAGCAAAGAAAGCAAAGGGAUCCCAGCGCUAACCAAGAACGAGGUCAUCCAAAUAACCGCUGCGGAAGCUGAGCUCUCGCCGUUCCAGGAUGAGAAGCUGGAGAUCUACUGCAGAGAGCAUGAUGACAUCGCUGCUUCCUUCGCAGAAGCACGCGAGGGCCGCGGCGUGCUAGCAAAGUUAUAUGACCAGCGGAACAAAGAGAUCUUGGACCGUUUGGUGGCUAUGCGGGCGAAGUCGGACAGAGAAGCCAAGUUGAAUCUCGACCAGCUCAAGGACUUUUGCAAGGAGUUCGUGGACACGGUGGCUGAGCGCAAGAGAACAUGGAAGCAGAAUUUUGCGGACGACAAAAGCGAGCUCACGACGCGAUCUACCAAAAUGGGUGAAACCAUCACGACCUUGGAUGCGGCCAUAGUGCAGGAACAUGAGGAUUGCCUUGCUCACGCGGCCGCUGAGACAGAGCCUUUGCUGGCCGCAUUGAGCAAGCAUAAGGAAUUCCUGGCUGAGCAGGUGGCCGAGCGAUCCGAAGAGCACGAUCGCUUCAUGGGUGACAUGCAGAGCCGCUUCCACUCUUUGAGGCGAAGGCUGGCCGAGGAGCGCGAGGCCCGGCGCCACAGAGGUCACGAAAUGCGGCAGCGUGCCGAAGAUCGGUUCAGCUCGCUGGACAGCAGGAUCAAGCAGAAGGAGCCCGAAGUGCUCAGACAUCUGGAAGAUGUGAGAGCGAGGAUGUCUAUGGAGCUCCAGAUGAGGUCCACGAGCCAAGAGAGCAUGGUGCAAGACAUGAUGCGCUUCAUGGCUCAUUUCGAGAAGAGCAUCUCGGAAUCCGGGGAGCGGCAAGAGAAGACCAAGGCUCACUUGCAUGCGAUGAAGAUGAAGCUGAGAGAAGAGGAGUAG